ACACAAAAUAUGAGGUGGACGUUUUCCUGCUUUCCACGUUCAGUAAUCUGACACCGAGAGCCUCAGAGGAGAAGGAUGAACUCUUAACUCUGCUGGAAGGACGGAAGGAAGGAACACUCAUCCAACGAGAGGCAAAGAAGCAAGGACAGAGCUGGAGCAAAACGCUGACUCCUAUAAAAACAACAAGAACCCCGUGGCAGCAGCAGCAGCAGCAGGAGGAGCAGCAGCAGCAGCAGCAGCAGCGGAGGAGGAGAUCCAGACUUUCUUUAAGUCUCCAAAAUUGACCUGUUUCACACCUCCAUCAAAUGAUCCUAAAGCGGCAACUUUCACUCCCAAGAGGCGGAUGGGUGACUUUCCACGUUGCUUUGUGAGGAGGAGAUGAUGAAGAAUUUCGGCAGCAGUCCCCCUCACAACAGCAACAACCACCAGACUCCCAACCACAUCAGAGAGCGACACCACCGAAAGCACGGCUUGCUCUGCGCUCUACCGUGGCGCUUCUCCUUGCGAGGUUAUGGUUUCUGCAUGGCUGCGCUCUUCCUCUUCUGCUUCGGCUCGCUUUGUUACCAGCUGAACGGCGGGGCUCCAAGAAUCCUGCUGGACAUCAGGCAGUAUCUCGGGGUCAGUUGGAAAAGUCACUGGUCAAUCAAAAGGGCCAUUGGCAGACUCUUUAUCCAUAAGGACAGGGUAGAAAGACAUCUGGUGUCGUGUCCACAAGCCCAAAAAGCAAGACAAGGGGAAUCCACAUAUCUGAAUGACCACGGACCACCGGCUCAGAGAUUGCUCCCGUUUCCCAGCCAGGUGGUUUAUAACCGUGUGGGGAAGUGCGGCAGCCGGACAGUGGUCAUCUUGCUGAGGCUUUUGGCUGAAAAACAUAAGUUCAACCUCGUCUCUUCGGACAUCCAUAAUAAGACACGUCUCAUGAAACAAGAACAGGUGGAUCUAGUGAAGAACAUCAGUAAGAUCCCUCAGCCAUUUCUCUACACAAGACAUGUUCACUUCAUGAAUUUCACCAGGUUCAGGAUAGAGCAGCCUGUCUACAUCAACAUAAUCCGGGAUCCCAUAAGCCGAUUCCUCUCCAACUAUUUCUUCCGUCGCUUUGGUGAUUGGAGAGGGGAGCAGAACCACCUCAUCCGAACACCAGGGAUGAAAGACGAUGAGCGAUACCUAGAUAUAAAUGUGUGCAUUCUAGAGAAUUACCCUGAGUGCUCCAAUCCUCGAGUUUUCUACAUCAUCCCCUAUUUCUGUGGACAACACCCUAAGUGCAGAGAGCCUGGGGUGUGGGCUUUGGAGAGGGCCAAGCAGAAUGUGCUGGAGAACUACCUCCUUGUGGGCAUCUUGGAGGAGCUGGAGGAUGUUCUGCUUAUGCUGGAGAGACUCUUACCCCAUUACUUUUCUGGAGUACUUGACAUUUAUAAGAGUCCAGAAUAUCGAAAAAUGGGAAACCUGACUGGCACGGUCAGAAAACAUAUGCCUACUCUGGAGGCCCUGCAGGUGUUGUAUCACCGCAUGCGCUACGAGUACGAGUUCUACGACUUCAUCCGUGAUCAGUUUCACCUCGUGAAGAAGAAAAUUGGCCUGAGAUCCACCUCUCGCCCGCCGAUCUACCCGCCUGAUUUCUUGCGCGAGCUGGCCCUUCGAACACCUGAACCUUUAGAUGAAGAUGAGGAGCUAGACUCGGACCUGGAGGACGCCAACAGCUGGCUGGUUCAUCCCUGAGGACUGUGUAAACAGUGGAUAAAGCCAAACGAUAGAGUCGACUAAAACUGGCUAAGGAAAAGCAGGAGGUAGCCAGAGGAAUAGUGGCAGCAUGUCCCAUCUUUUGGAUGUUGGCACCUUUACUUUGGAGAGUUCGGUUUUUCCGUCUUCAAGCUCUUAUUAUGAAAGGCCCAGCACUUUGGACUUCAGCAACCGAAAGAAACAAAAAUUAUCUAUUUAAGAACUGGACAAGGACAGAUGGAAAUAAUUACAGGCUGAAAUGAUCGGUUUUACUGCUAUGAGGAUUUUAUGAUCUCAAAUGCUAUAAUCUCCAGGAGAGAUUAGCGGACAAUUUAAUGUGUUGGGAUAUACACUAAAUGUUGAAGAGGACUUCGGAGACAUUUCCAAUCAGACUUUUAUUUUAUAAAAGUGCUGAUUUAAUAAAAAAAAAAAAAAUGACUUGGAGGACGGGGAGGGAGUGCCAAAAGUAUUGUAUGUAUAUUAGCUAUCCAGGACUGUUAUAAGUGCCAAAUCUCAUUAGGAUUUCCAGUAACUGUGAGACAGGAAGCUUUGGGAUCACAGUUGGUAACAGUUGCAUUAAGUUAAGUCAGUUGUUAUAAGAUGUUUAUAACAUUUUAAGGAAUUGUCAAAUGUUGUAAGGUAUGAAUGAGGGUUAAACCAUACACAUCUAUUAUGAAUUCAGAGAAUUCCACCUAGAUGUACAUGAAUGACUGAGUUUGACCUCGCCAACAGAGUAGUUUAGAGUAGGUUUGUUAUUUGGGAAAUACAAUUCUUUGGCAGUAUGUCAGGGGUUUGAGUCACGUGCUAAAAGCAUUAGGGAGCCUCAUUUGUAAUCCAAAGGUGAAAAGAAAUCAGAGUUUACCAAAUAACAGUGUUCUGCUGUGAUGCUUUUUUUAAACUGUAUAAAUAUCCUGCAGGGUUUUUUUUUGUGUGUGUGAAAUAAUGCUUUGUGAACAUCUGCAGCAAAAUGAGGGAUUUGAUCUAAACUGGAUAACAUUUUGCCUUUUACUUUGACUCGGCUAUGUAGUGGUGAAUGAUAUUUGCUUGCAAGGCAUGGAAGUGUUUGUGUGCUCUUUUGUGUUUUAGAGAGUACUGAAUUCAUAACGUGGCGUUCUUUAAAAGAUUAUAAGCAGUUAAUAUCUCACCCGCGGUAAAAAUAUAUGUAUAUAUAGAUAUGUAUAUCAGAGAAGGUCACAUUUCCAGUCAACAUGUAUAAAAGAAAAUGUAAUGCAAAUCAGCUAAAAUGUCUGAUUUGCAAACAUUUUAACUGCUUUAUUUUUCUACAAGGUUGUGACAGAUGUUUCACACAGGUAAAUAUUAUUGGUGCUUCAGCUCCUAUACUAACCAUUUCGUCUAUAGUAAAUAAAGAGACCCAAUGAAGGCUGUUAACUGCUUACGAUCUUUGAAAAGAGCCACAUUAAAACAAAAUUCUGAACUUGAGUUAUCUUUUUAAGUCAUCUCACAGUAACUUUUUUUUUUUAAAUCAUUUUACAAUAGCUACUGGUAGAAGUAGUAUAAAAUCCACAUACCCAUAAGCUAACAUGUCAACUACAGACUUAACCUACUCCUCAUAACUCCCAUCACCUGUCCUCUUGGUAUUGUUGCAUUUAUGUUUUAAGUGUCUUAUUUCAUAUCAAUUUAAUUUAUUAUUUUGUAAUCAUUUGCAUUCAAGAUAAAAUUCUCAGGAAGGAAAACAGUGUUUAGUGUGUAUCAUGUCUCUCAAAGUGGUGAGACUAUACAUGCCAUUUCAAUGUGUCUACAGGGGAAAACUGGUUUGUAAUAAAUUCGUUUCAUCAUUUAAAGCC